CAUAAUUGCUGUUAAUAAUUACAGUUGUGAUAAGAGGCAGAGGUAACAUUUAUUGAUGGCAAAACUGUCUGAGGUACCAGUUGAUCUUCAAGACUUGGAGGAGGAGGAAGACUGGAAACAUUGGAUUUGAUUUGAGUAGGACGCAGUCAGGGCCACAUAGAGAGGAAGCAGCGGUCCUCCAGACAGCAGAGGCGAGAUGAUGCGACCGGGGGCGAAGCAGUAUGUGGUGGCCAGGCCGCUGUACUCAGAGGAGUCCUUCGCAGAGGAGCACGAGAAGGUCUACAGGCACCGCAAGACCAUGCUGCACCACAUCAGACAAUACUUAACAUGUGACGCCAAACGUGCCAAAAAUGCAGCUCUGUCUCUUCUGCCAGUGAUCGGCUGGAUGAAAAUGUACCGUAUCAAAGAAUGGCUGCUCAGUGACAUUGUGUCCGGUGUCAGUACUGGCCUCGUGGCUGUGCUUCAGGGUCUGGCCUAUUGUCUGCUGGCGUCUCUGCCACCCUGGUAUGGACUCUUCUCUGCCUUCUUCCCGGUUGUCAUCUACUUCUUCCUGGGCACCUCCAGACACAUUUCAGUGGGUCCUUUCCCCGUCCUGUGCCUGAUGAUCGGCGCGGUGGUCACCAGGAUCGUUCCAGAUGAGGGUCCACCCAUGAACAUCACAGGGUUCGAAGGUCUGACGAGAGAUGAGCAGAGAGUGAUAGUGGCAUCCUCUGUGACCUUCCUCGCUGGUAUCAUGCAGCUGGCGAUGGGUGUAUUUCAGAUCGGUUUUGUCGUCAUGUACCUGUCUGAUACCCUGGUGUCCGGCUUCACCACAGCAGCUGCCAUCCACAUCCUGGUGUCUCAGCUGAAGUUUGUUCUGGGGCUGCAGGUCCCGGGCAUCAGCGGACCGCUCUCUAUCAUCUAUACCCUCGAGAUCAUCUUUAACAAGAUAAAGUCCACCAAUGUCUGUGAUGUUGUGAUCUCUUUGGUGAUCAUGGUGGUGGUUUUCAUCGUGAAGGAGAUAAAUGACCGAUUUAAGUCCAAGCUACCGGUGCCCAUUCCCAUAGAAGUUAUCAUGACCGUCAUUGCCUGUGGAGUUUCAUAUGCAUUUGACUUCAAGACAAAGUACGGCAUUGACGUGGUCGGCCACAUUCCUACAGGGUACGAGCCUCCUAUGGCCCCGAACUUGCGCAUCUUCCAGGAGACAGCGGUGGAAGCGUUUCCAAUGGCCAUCGUAGGCUUUGCUGUAGCUUUCUCUGUGGCAAAAGUCUACUCUGUAAAACAUGAUUACACUAUAGAUGGAAACCAGGAGCUGAUAGCUUUUGGAGUCAGUAACAUCUUCGGAGCUUCUUUCAAGUCUUUUGCAGCAAGUACAGCUUUAUCCAGGAGCGCAGUUCAGGAGAGUACAGGAGGCAAAACACAGGUGGCAGGUUUACUGUCGGCCAUCAUCGUGAUGAUCGUCACCUUGGCUCUUGGUUACCUACUGGAGCCGCUACCAAAGUCUGUGCUUGGUGCUGUGGUCAUCGUCAACCUCAAAGGCAUGCUGAUGCAGUUUAGAGAAAUACCAUAUCUGUGGAGGAGGGACAAACCAGACUGUGUGGUUUGGAUCGGUACCUGUUUGGCAGCCAUCCUGCUGGGUCUGGAUCUGGGUCUGGCUGCAGGUCUCGGUGUGGAGCUGAUCAGCGUCGUCAUUAGAACUCAGUUCCCUCGCUGCAGUGUGUUAGCAAAUAUCAAAGGCACUGACAUUUACAAAGACAGGAAGGACUACAUCAAUAUAUUUGAGCCAGAGGGAGUGAAGAUCUUCAGGAUACCAUCGCCCAUCUUCUUCGCCAAUAUUGAGUUCUUCAGGAACAAGCUGGUGGAAGCUCUUGGAUUUAACCCACUAAGAGUGUUGAGGAAGAGGAAUAAAGCCCUGAGGACAAUCCGCAAACUUCUGAAGAAGGGUGACCUGCAGUGUACAUCUAAAGGCUUAAUGAGCACAUCAAGUGGACCCAUCAAGGAGUCGGAGGACGAAGGCGACAUGGAGGAGUUGGAUCUGCCGACUGACUUCAAGGACCUUCCGAUUCGGAUUGACUGGAGCGCUGAACUUCCUGCCAACAUCUGUGUUCCCAGAGUGGAAACUCACAGCCUGAUCCUGGACUUUGCAGCAGUCUCCUUCUUGGACAUUUCUGCUCUGAAAGGACUCAAAACAGCGCUGAAGGAGCUGAUUCGGAUUGAAGUUGAUGUCUACAUUGUGUCUUGCGAUCAGUACAUCCUGGAGAAACUGCACAGCUGCUGCUUCUUUGAUGAUGAAGUUCAGCCGUCAAUGUUUUUCCUGACGCUACACGAUGCCAUGCUGCAUAUCCUGGAGAAACAUCCAGAAGCAACGGAGAAGAAAUCCGACUUUGACAAGAUUGUAACGACCGUAACUGUUCACCAUCCCGGAGGCAGUUUGAGGAGCAGAGAUAGAAAUGUACCAGACGGAGAAACUAAGUUCUGACAUCUGAAAAGAAGACUUUUUCUGUCAGAAAACAUGAAAAACAAACAGAUCUUGUUUUAUUGUAAAAGACAUUUGCAGAUCUCUUUUACAAUACACUGUUUUAUUAUCAUUAUAAAUGAUUAUGAAUGAGACAAUCUUACACGUUUACAAUACAUUAUAUACUGUAAUGUAAAGACAAGUAAUUUCAUGUUAUUAUUGUUUUUUAUACUGUAAAUAGUGAAUUUGUAGAAAAAAUUAGGUGUAAAAUAUUUUACAUGUAUAUUUAUAUUUUCAAGACGAUGAGAGUA